UGGUUAUUUGGUAUUCGUUAAAUAUCUUACGUUGACGUAAACAAUAAAUAUAAUAGCUAUUUAAAUUAGCGCGGUAAAAUAAAAUUAUAGAUCAUAAUUGCAUAUGUCGUGUCUUAGUUGAACAUUAAUUGUCUUGGAAUCAGCACGCAAGUUUAUCUAUGAACAUGGACCGCUGGAUCGGAAAGACGGCUGUUGUUACAGGUGCAAGUGCAGGCAUUGGCGCUGAGAUUUGCGUACAAUUGGCUAAUUCCGGCCUUAAGCUCGUCGGGUUAGCAAGACGAUCGCAACUUGUGGAUGAACUGAAAACACAAAUAACAGGCCCUGGUAGUAUUCAUUCGAUACAAUGCGACAUUACCAAGCGAGAAGACGUCGAAGCAGCAUUUAAGACAGUGGAGGAGAACUAUGGAGGCACACACAUACUCGUCAAUAAUGCUGGAGUCAUGUAUCCAGGAAAUAUUAGUGAGUUCGGAGACUCACCUGUAAGCUGUGAUGAAAUGUUAUCAACAAUCGACAUCAACGUGAAAGGACUCAUACUAUGCACACGACACGCUCUUAAUUCUAUGAAAACUCAUAACUUCAAUGGGCACAUCAUUAAUAUAUCCAGCGUUGCGGGCCAUUACGUGCCCUUCUUACCUGUGUUUAACACGUACCCAGCGAGUAAGUACGCAGUUUCGGCCUUCACACAGUCUCUCCUCAACGAAUUAGCGCAUUUAAACAGCAAUAUUAAAGUUACGAGCAUAGCUCCGGGGCUAGUGAAAACCGAUAUGGUUGAAAGGGGAGGCAAAACUUUAGAUGUACCAAUGCUGAGUCCAAGAGAUGUAGCUGAUGCAGUGUCCUACGUUCUCUCCACUCCCCCUAACAUAAAUAUAAACGAGCUUUCUCUGUGUCAUGUAUCGGAGAAGAGGAUGUAAAAUCAAAAAAAUGUUGCUAUCCAUAACUUUUAUUAUGAAAAUGGUACUCAUUGUGAACUAAAAUGAAAAGCGGUAGACGACGCCAAUCCCAGGAAA